UCGAUCGCAGUAAACGCAGGACCUUUUGACAAAAGCAAGUGUCAACUUGUCGCAGGACACCAUCGAAAUCGACAACUUUUUUAUCGGAUUUCGUUUGUUCCGCGGUCGAUUCCGGUUCUUAAAAAUUCUCCGUAAGCAAUGUGCCGACAUUCGUCGUAAUGGCUUCAAACAGUGGCAACAGCAAUCCCAAAUCCAAAGUGCAUCAGGCGAAGGGCCAGGCCACCAAUCCGACAGCAGCAGACCACCAACUCCCGGAGGAUGGCGAUGAAAAUCAAUACUUUUACGAGGACGAAGUGUUCUGCAUCGAUGGCAAGGGCCGCGUCAAGUUCGGAGUGGUUCUGGAGGUCGAGUUCAGCGAAGGCGAGGAAGGAUUCGAAGAGGAUGCGCUGAAAAAGGGUGAAAUCCGGGCCUGUUGGCACCCGGACGGCCAGAUCGAGGUGGUUAAGCAGUGCAAAGUCGGUCUCACCGAUCGAACGCUGAUGCCCGGAGAUGUCGUCCGGCGCAUGAUCAAGGGCAAGGACACGCAGCGGGGCUAUUGCCACGAAAUUUUGGUCAAAGCGGAUGUCAAGAUCGCUGGCACCAAACUGGUGGUUCGGAACGUAUCCUCGGAUCGACUGCGCCCGCUGCUCUCGAUGCCGAAGGAUAACGCCGUGUGCCUGGACUCGUGGGUCGGCAGCACAAAGAACGUCAACGAGAAGCUGGUGCUCAAGUCGCAGUGCGGAUCACUGAUCGAGGUUCGACCGGACGUCGAUUACUGUACGUUGAAGGACAACGACACGCGGUCCCGGUGCGGGUACUUUGCCGGUACGCUGUUUUACCCCGGACAGACGCUGGUGGGGCCGAUUAGCGAGCUGGAGAAUGCCAAGUGGUUGAACACGUCGGCCGAGAUGAAGCUGAGCCGGAAGCACAAGAUGGUGGACCGGAAGUUUACCGUCCAGUCGGUCGACAUCGAGGGCGUUUGGGUGCACUGGCAGUGCAAGGCGUCGUGCGAGGAGUUGGCGGCGGAGAUGAAGGAGAACGGGAUUCAGCAGCCGCCGGAUUACAUUACGGGGGAGGAUUUGAAGCGGUUGAAGAAGCUCAACUUGUUCGAGUCGUGCAUGUUGCAGAUCAACGACAAGAACUAUCUGAAGAUUGAGGAGGGCGAUUCGUUCUGCCGAAAGAGCCAGUGGAGGAAGGAGCUUAGCGCUAGAUAUAAAAAGAUGAUGGGCAGCGUGAAGGAGGAAGAGGACGACGAGAAGGUGGUCUGUGAUAACGACGGUCAUAAGAUAACGGUGACGAAGGAGAGCGGUGGCGAGACUGGUGGAUCACGUGAUAAGGUCGAAACGGAUCGAUCCAAGCUGUGCCCGAAGGACGCUUCGGCGAAACUGGGCAAACUUCGUCGCAACUCUCCGAGACGUCCUAACGCCGCGACGUCGACGGCCUGCAAGCUGGCCGAAAGUGACGAGUGGCAGACGGAUCCGGAGGAUGAGGAAGACGAAGAAGGUUGUGAUGAGUCGAACGUUUCGGACGGGGGUGGCGGUGGUGGUGGAGGGGGUUCGUCUUGCUCAAGUACGGCUACGCCGCGGGGCAGUCCGAAAAAGUCGCCGCUGCUGGCGAAGAAGAUCCGAAAGCUGCGCAAGCGAUCGUCGUCGGCGAGUUCGGAAAAGAUGCCGGCGGUGGGUGAUGAAGUGAUAACGGAGACGUUGGUGGUUUACAGUAUUGCGACAGUGGUUUGGCAGGAUGGCACGAUCGAAACCAGCAUUCCGUCCACGGAGUUGUGCCCGAUUCAUCAUCUGGAUGAUCAUGAGUUUUUCCCCGGAGAUUUUGUGCUUGCGGGUAAUACCGACCCGUUGCAGAAUCCUUCGUUCCGGGAUUACGGAGUUAUUCAGAACGUGGACCAUCACGGUCGAACGGCGAAGGUCAAGUGGUUUAGCACGUACACGUGCACGGAUGAGCCGCAGCCGACGUUCAAUGGGGAGUCGGAAGUGAGUGUGUACGAUUUGAAGGAUCAUCCGGAUUUUCAGUACAGACCCGGUACAAUCGUGAUUCGGGUGGCGAACUUUAACGGAGACGAUUCGAGCUGUAGUGCAGGGCAGGUGAUCGACAACUAUCCGAAUGGGAUGGUGAAGGUUUGGUGGGUUGAUGAUCACGUUAGCAUGUGCUGGCCGCAGGAUAUUUUCGAAGUGGGGCAGUACGAUUCGGAGAACAACUUUUGGGGCAACAACGACUCGGACAACAAUUCUUGGGAAACGGAAGACGAAACAUCGGAGUUGGGUGGUCUGUCGCCACAGCGGGUCUCGAAACCUAAACUUACGGCGAAUCUCGAACGCGCACGCGUUGCGAUGGCUCGGCUGGAAGAGCUGUUCAUUAUAAAUCCCCACCUGCAGAACCAGGAAAUGAUGCGAAAGCUGUUGAUGGUGUACAAAAAGUGUCGCUACCUGGAUCGCCUGAUGGACACGACCUUUUUCCACGAGGAGCACUUUAUGGGCCUGGUCGAGCGAGUUCGUAAAUCAAACAACCAAACCACGGCCGAACGUGUGUUGGAUCAGAAAAAUCGGUUGUUCAAUCAGAACGGGUCAAAGACGACGACGCCCACUGCAGAAACGCCCAGCUCGGAGCAUAAGUUCCCACUAGCCGUCACAGCAAACAUCGCUCAAGCCGCCAAGAAACCGGCCACAACUUCCCCAAAUCCAUCCAGCUUGAACACGACCUCGUCGACGUCGUUCAGGUUCCCAACCGGCAACAAUCUGUCCACUUCGUCGGAUAUUUCCAGCAUCGACGAAAAUCCAGCCAUCACCACGAGCACCAGCUCGUCCAAAUCCGGGGGAGAAAGUGGUGUCGGUGCCGCGGGGGAAGAUUCCGGCAACUUUUCCGCUAAAAGUGACGGUGCAGAGCGGAACAGUUCUACGGAAGUUGCUGGGAACGCGUCGCUGCUGAACGCCGAGCUCGACAACGUCAACAACCUGUACAUGAACAUUAGUGACGAACUGAACAACACCAGCUCGAUCUUUAGCUUUUCACCGCAGGCGGAGAACGUGUCCGCCAAGUUGUGCUCGCUGAUCAAAGCGCAGCUGGUGAAGGCCCUGCAGGAGAUCAAUCAACGCUACAGCCAGGAAGAUCCGUUCAAGGAGAUCAUUAUCGAGGAAAUUCUGCUUUCGCCUCCGCCGUUCAGUUCGCAGCCCAUUUCUUCGACUCCCUCGCAGCAGCCGUCCAAUUCUGGCACUCCCAGUGUAGAACAGAAGGAGCUAAACGAAUCCACGAACGAACAGGAUUCCGGGUCGGAGUGGAACAUUGGCGAGAGUUUCCAGGUGCUUGAAAGUGCACCCAGCACGCACAAGUAUCUGCUCACCGUGUUCCAGACGAACAACGCACAAAGCUUCUUCAAGGCCGUUCAGCGUGAACACCGGCUGCUGCGGACGGGACUUCCGCCGGGGGUUUGGGUGCGAACGUUCGAGGAUCGGCUGGAUCUGUUGAGUGUGAUGAUCGAGGGGCCGAAGAAGACUCCGUACGAGGAUGGGCUGUUUCUGUUUGACAUUCAACUCGGGCAGGACUACCCGAGCGCGCCGCCAAUGUGCCAUUACAUAAGCUACUGCUCGGAUCGGCUCAAUCCGAACCUGUACGAGGACGGCAAGGUGUGCGUUUCGCUGCUUGGGACGUGGUCCGGACGGGGCACCGAGAUGUGGGGUCCCAACAGUACGCUGCUGCAGGUGAUCGUGUCGAUCCAGGGACUGAUCCUGGUUGACGAACCGUACUUUAACGAGGCCGGUUACGAGAAGCAAAGAGGUUCCCAGCAGGGCAAGGAAAACUCGCGUAUGUAUAACGAAAUGGUGCUGCUCAAGCUGGUCCAGUCCAUGACCAAGCUGAUCUGCAACCCGCCGGAAAUCUUUAGCGAGCAAAUUCUGGCGCACUUUAGCGCGCGCGGCCAGGGCAUGUACGAGCGCAUCAAGUGCUGGAUGGAUGCGUCGAACGAGGCCAACCGGAAGGCCAACGACGCUUCAACGCCCUCGAUUCCCGAGUCAUCGUCGUCGUCAUCACCGAUCAUGCCGGACUUUCCGCUGAUUCCGGCCAGCCGCGGAUUUUGCCUCACGCUGGUUGGCUUGCUGGAGAACUUGCGCAAAACGCUCAAGUCAAUCGAUGGCGGGCCAACCGUCUAAUAACGGCCCAACAAGCUAAGCUAUGCUCCCACCGCUCCCCGCCGUACCGCCCGCCUGCUGGCUAUUGAAACGUUUUUCUCUCUUUUGUUAAAGCGUCAUUUGUUUUGUUAUUUGAUCGUUUAGCUGAAUAUUAUACGUUGUUUUUUUCUGUUUCGUGUUUAAGUUAUGUUUUUUUACUUUUUGUAUCGCAAGGUAUUCUGCCGCUCUAAUCGUGUCCGUCCCAUAUGUAAAAACAGCAAGCCGAGAAAAACGCGUGUCAAAGUUGUCCCGCCCAUAAGGCUACGUGUUAGAAUUUCACGAAAAAGUGGAUUUUCUCCGGAUUUCUAGAACAGAGUACUACAUUUUAUUGGUUUUUCUGAUAGUUUACAUAGUUUUGAACCAAACUGCAUUAUUACCUCAAAAUUGCCGAAAUUACAUAUGGGACGGACUAGCUUCGAGCGGCAGUAUUAUUUUCAUUAAAAAAAUCUCUUCAUUCCUUUUUACUUAAAAUAAACCAAAGAUAAUUAUUGAUGAUCUCAUAUCAUUAGACUCAAAUUUUGAUUAGUGUUACGAUUGCUUUCCUUAGUUCUGUUCUCGCAAUCAAUACUAAUCACGUAAAAUGCUGUGCCUAUAUUAAAAGAAAAAAAUCAAUUAUAAAAUAAAACAGAAGGGAAAAUACAAGGUAGAAUGAAAAACAUGUGCUCGAACAAAAAGUGAGCUCGCUAAAUAAGCGUGACAACAACAAAGCUUAGACUUAUUUUACUACGGAACAUUUUGAGCAUCUGCAGAGAGGAAUGCGCUAUUUUAAAAAUUCAAAACACUGCAAAAUAAAAACAAACCGACAAGAAAUGCCACGCACAUAAACCGUAAAUAGCCAUCCUAUAGCCAAGCAACCCACAACACUGUUUUAUCCUAGAAAAGCCAUAAAAAAUGUUGAAACACAGAAACAUAGCAGUUACAAUUAGCAGCGCCAAAGUUAAAUCGUAGCGAUAGAGAUACAAAAAUCGUAGACGUUUGGCAUUCGUCGUGUAGAACCGUUAACCAGUGACGUUUUGGUAUUUCUUUUCUAAUUAUUGUUUUCAUUUUUUGUUUUUGAUCUUUGAAAACACUUAAAUAUUGCGCUGUCACAACUUUGAGGUUUGUUUCAUCUUGAAAAAUUAUUAGGUAUGGAAAACAUCGAAGAAAACAAAAAAAGAAGGAAUUGAAGGCAAAAGUUCAACCAAGAAAAGAAACGAACCUCGACUCUUGCUACAACUUGCGUUCCGGUUCUUAACCUUUGUUGUAGAUAGAUAGGAGGAUAACCAAACCAAAACUGGCAGCGAGUCGAAAAUGAGAGAAAAUCAAAAAAGGCGUGCUUAAUUUGUUCGACGCAAAGUCUGGAAUAGUUGGUACGAUUAAAAAAGUUUGCACUGUUGAAACAAGCUUAACAAUAAAAUACAAUAACUUAACAAAAGUAGUGAAAUUAUGAAACACAAGCACAAACAAUUUGGGACAGGUGUGCGUGCGCGCGCCCUCCUGCUUCUUUAACUCUAGUAACUUACAACAACUUCUCUUGAAACUCAACUUCUCGCCGCAGAACGCAACAACAACUCAAUAAAGACAAGAAAUAAAAAACUGCUUGUUAUAGCGAAAACACACAAA